AUGACUUUUUCGCAGAUAGUAGCAAGAAGAGUUGGUCUAUUUGUUAGACUUGGUAACAGAUCAGCGGUUGGAAGUUAUAGUAGUGUCAUCAGAAGAAGUUUCUCUGUUUCUAGAGGUGUCAAACUCCCUGCAGUGAAGUCAAAAAGAGAGCUUGAUGCCAAAAAAGCCAAAGAGAAGAAAUUGGAGAGGAGAAUUGCACAAAAAAGAUUGAAUGCCAAGAAGCCAGCUUCUCAAUCACCAUUAUUUAUGGAGGUCCCUGUAGCAAUGAGAUAUUUGCGUGCUGCAGAAGUUGGAAGAACACCUAAUGAAUCGUCUGUAUCGAUACAGGUUGAAGUUUUGGGAGAAAGAGGCACGGCACCUUUACAGGGGGCAGUUCGUUUUGCUAAACCUUUGAAAGAAACACGAAUUCUUUGCCUUUCACUAACACCAGAAAAGAGGGAAGAGGCAUUGAAAGCCGGAGCGGUCGCAACCAAUGAUGUCAGCUUCAUAAAUGAUAUUUCAAGUGGGAAGGCAGUUGAUCUUAACUACGAUAAAAUAAUUGCUACUCCAGAUAUUGAACCUAUGCUCAGGAAGGUGGGUAGAGUUCUAGGUCCAAAAGGCUUGAUGCCAGCGGCUAAAAGGGGAACCGUUACCGAGAAUGUUGGCGAAAUGAUAUCCAAUACUUUGGGAACCCAACCAUUCAGAGAAAGAAAUGGAAGAGUGGCUUUGACAGUUGCAAGAUGCGACUUCAGAGAUGAGGACGUGAUGAGAAAUAUCAUCUCUGCCUCUAAAGCCAUACGGCAGGCUAUUGCAUCUGCAAAGGCUAAGAAGCCGAUUAUUCUUGGAAAUACUGUUUUAUCUUCUACUCAUGGCCCAGGAAUAGUCAUCGCAUUUUGA